GAUACAACGUGGCGUUGAUAAGCAUGAUUGAGUGCCGAGACACCAAGGUCAUGGCGACGAUACUAGAAGGCCCAGCACAAGCUGCGAAAAACAUCUACAACUCUUCUGGUGAUGGUUUGGAGAAUUUUGGUGACUCCGCAGUGGACACCAGGGAAUCCACAAGCUCCGUGGCCCCCAUACCAUCGGCUCCCGACCCUGAGCUUUCUGAUGUCGCUGAUGAGGUCUUGUGUGCUCUUUUGGCUAUGAUGAUUGAAUAUGGCCUUACUUUAAGCCAACGAGAGCUGGCCAUGCUGCUUACGCUAGGCACUUUGUUCAAAUCCGGGCGCCAUUCAGGUAACGACGACAUCCUGUCCGCUCGAGCGAUUGUGCUGCAUGUCGUCAUGAUAUCUGAAUGCCGACUGCACGAAAGGUCGGCCAGAACACUAAGCUCAGUCCGAGCUUCCUCAUUCCUCCAACGUUAUGUGACCAUUCUGCACCAUACCAUAACCUCGCAGUACUGGCGAAGCAUUGCCAACUUGGCAUCGACUCAUGAUGUGGCUGACCUGUUGGAUAGAAGGCUUUUUCUUCAGACACUUGACUUGUUGGCGCAUUGCAAUGGGCUUCCACAAAUGAGCUCCUCGGUCCGCAACAGAUUUGAUGAGCUGCAAUCUCUUGUAAAGCGCAUCUGCGAUGUUAACCUCCAACGGGAACCCACAGCCGAGACUUUCGCAAUCGGCCACGAACGUCCGCAAUUCUCGGGUUCCACUCACGGUAACAGUGCAAGCCCAGGUCUAUCGAUGGAAAGCCUGGAAACAAGCUUGAAUACCCUACCCACUGUUCUCCCAUUCAACAACCUCGUCAUGAAUCCCCAUCUUGCCCCCAUAUCAAUUGCUGUGGACAAGUCUUCUGAGAAAGAGCUCAGCCCGGGCAUGUCAAGAACAUUUCAGGAAUUGAGCCAUUGGCACAGCCACCAAAGACCCCUGACCAACAAGCUCAAAACUCCUUUGACCACAAGACAACUUACUUUCCUCAACCGCCGCGAUCAAUGGUUUAUGGCUGAGAUCCGAAAUUACGCUGCCAGUCUGACAAACCCCAGAGGCGGGACAUUGGAGCCAGAGUCCGUCUUUUUUAAGCCUGCACCGGACAAAGAUUGCAAACCUGGGAGAUCAACGCCUUCGAGUUGCCCCAAGAAGCAUGUCCCGGCAAAGAGUGGUCAUGCACAGCGAUCAAAAAAGUCGAAACCACAGAGUUCAAAUGUUAGAGCCCAAGCUGAAGCUCGUCAGGAGUCUAAGCGGGCUGAAAUCCAUGAACAAUACUUGAAUGCUUGGAAGAACAUGCUCGGUACCUUCCAGAAGGAGCCCAAUCACAUCAAGCGAUACAUGCAAGUGAGCCAAUACCUGAAAGGUCUUACAAAGGAGCGGCGAGAACUUAUCGAGCCAGAGGUUUUGCUCUAUAUCAUCGAUACUUUGAUUCACAUCUGGCUCGAUGAAUGCAACUCCAACAGAAAGGCAGAUUCUCUGCACAUCCCGGCGCUCAUUUGGCACACAAUUCUUCAAAUUCAGAACAAGCGAGGUGUCACGGAAAGCAUCGCUAAAUGUGUCAACAAUACCAUCAAGACGUUAGAAUUCCCGGCUAUCAGUGUGCCAUCUGAGGGCAAAAGACCCCUUUCUUUCUCAUUCAUAUCGCUCUCUGCUUCAAAGACCAAUUUGAGCAUUGAGCUCUCCCCGAUUGACUUUCAGCUAACCCAUGCCGGUCCCUAUUUGAGCCGCAGUAUGGGGUCUGCGCCUGAUCCCCGCGUGCAUGACUUUGAGCCAGACCAAUGGCAGCGGGAGAUCCUUGACCAGAUUGACGCGAAGAAGAGUCUGUUUGUUGUGGCACCAACUAGCGCAGGGAAAACGUUCGUCUCGUUCUACGCAAUGAAACAAAUCCUCGAGGAAAGUAACGACGGUGUUCUUGUCUACGUCGCCCCCACAAAAGCUCUUGUCAAUCAAAUCGCUGCUGAGGUGCAGGCGCGAUUCUCGAAGACAUUUUCCCACAAGGCCGGCAAGUCUGUUUGGGCAAUCCAUACGCGUGACUACCGCAUCAACAACUGCACGGGCUGCCAGAUUCUUAUAACCGUGCCGCAUAUUCUGCAGAUAAUGCUUCUAGCACCAUCUAAUGCCAAGUCAUGGUCGUCGCGAGUCAAGCGUAUCAUUUUCGAUGAAAUCCAUUGCAUUGGCCAAGCCGACGAUGGUGUUGUCUGGGAACAGCUCCUUCUUCUCGCACCUUGCCCCAUCAUUGCAUUGUCUGCGACGGUUGGCAACCCACAGGCUUUUAGCAAUUGGCUCUCCCUCACUCAGCAAGCCAAUGGCAAUGAACUGAAGAUGGUUCAACACAAGACUCGGUAUUCGGAUUUGAGAAAAUACGUUUACAAUCCGCCUGCCGAAUUCGCAUUCAAUGGCCUAUCGGCCCCCUCACAACUGGCAUCGCUUGGACUUGACGAUAGCCCCAAUAUGACUUUUAUGCAUCCAGUCGCAAGCUUAAUUGAUCGGUCCAGAGGAAUACCCGAUGAUCUGACACUUGAGCCACGCGACUGUCUAGAGUUGUGGAGGAUUAUGGAGAAACACAAGACAGAUAGGUUUCCGGUUGAGACCGGUCUUAGCCCUGCGAAUGCUUUGCCGAUGGUUAUCGCAAAGUCCGAUGUUAUUCGGUGGGAGACAAAUUUGAAAUCAACAUUGAGCAGUUGGAUGAAGGACACGAAGUCGCCGUUCGAUAAUGUGUUGAACGAGCUGUCCACAAAUCUGCAUAACAGAAUUCAGCCGCCGCUUCAGGUCUCCUCAACCGAAAGCCAAGAGCCAAACACUGCUCGCACAGUGAGAGCUAGUAGUCUUCUUGAUACUACCCUCCCACUCAUCUGUUCCCUACAUGAACAAGGCGCCCUUCCAGCGAUCCUAUUCAACUACGAUCGAAGCCAGUGCGAGAAGCUAUGUGAGCACCUUCUCGCCGAGCUACAGGAAGCAGAAAAGCGCUGGAAGACUUCGAGCCCAGUCUGGAAGAAGAAGAUAGCCGAAUGGGAGGCAUGGAAGAAAUCUGAAGCCAAACGGGCCAAGAUCAAGCCCAAGAAGGGAAAGAGAUCUGGUAAUGAUGAGGACGAGCCCUUGUCAAAAACGGAGAGGCUGCAAGAAUCUGCGUCAGUAGAAUCAAGCCUGUACGACUCGUUUGACCCCAAUGAGCCCGUUGCUGGCUUUCACCUGGCAGAUACGAGAUGCCUUUCACGAUCGGAGUUUGAUGCCUAUGCCAAAGAGAUGCGGAGGCGAUCUAUCCCUGAAUGGCUCAUUGACGGCAUGAACCGCGGGAUUGGGGUUCAUCAUUCGGGAAUGAAUCGCAAGUACCGCCAGGUCUGCGAGAUCCUUUUCAGGAAGGGCUAUCUCCGCGUGGUCAUAGCUACCGGAACACUGGCGUUGGGAAUCAACAUGCCUUGCAAAACGGUGGUCUUCACCGGUGACUCCGUUUUCCUCACAGCACUUGGAUUCCGUCAAGCUGCUGGUCGAGCCGGUCGUCGCGGCUUCGACUUUCUCGGGAAUGUGGUGUUCCAAGGUAUCUCGUAUCCCAAAGUCUGUCGCCUGCUGAGCUCCAAGCUCCCCGAUCUCAACGGUCACUUCCCGGUCACGACUAGCUUGGUGCUGCGCCUGUUCAUCUUACUCACCGAGUCCGGACAGUCCCCAUUUGCUAUUCAGGCUGUUAAUUCCAUUCUUUCGUGUCCCAGAAUAUAUCUCGGCGGGCCAGAGGCAAAGCAUACGGUUUUACACCAUCUUCGCUUUUCGAUCGAGUACCUGCGACGAAACCACCUGCUCGAUUGGAGUGGCUCUCCAUUGAACUUCGCAGGAACAAUAUCCCAUCUCUACUAUACCGAGAACUCAAGCUUUGCAUUUCACGCACUCUUGAGCAAGGGGUAUUUCCAUGAGCUCUGUGAAGAUGUCGAUCGGAGCCCUGAAGUCGUCACGCGCACAUUAAUGCUUGUGAUGGCACAUAUCUUCGGUCGACACUACCUUCCUCGAAAGACGAUCGAAAACCACAAAUCUGUUGUCAAGCACUCGCCAUCAGUUGUUUUUCUUCCGCCCUUGCCCAAAGCAGCGGCCAAGGCAAUCCGAGCUCACAACAAGUCUACCUUGGAUAUUUACGCAGCAUAUGUGACCACAUUCAUCCAGCAGCACAUCAAAGAUCCAGACUGCACGCUCCCACUCACAGGCCUAAAGCAGGGUGGAGACAAAUCGCCCGUUGACAUUUGUCCUUCUCUGCCCGUGCUCCCUCCGACUAUCGUAAACUCCUCGUUCGUCGCCCUGUCCGGCCACCGCGACACCUGGUCCAGUAUCUCCGAGCUUUGUAAAAUGGUCCGCAGCGGCGUCUGGCUCGAACAAUCCGUAGUGCCCUACGUGGCCAUCGACCCCGAGGAGGAUCAUGCGCCGUUGAACGCCUAUCUUUACGACUUCUUCAGGCAUGGGAACGUGCACGCUCUCGAACAUGGGAACAUGGUUCGCAAAGGCGAUAUCUGGUUCGUGCUGAAUGAUUUCUCGCUCGUCUUGGCAACUAUCGUGACGAGCUUUGAGAACUUUCUGAAACUGGCGCCGAACACCGAUCCAGACAUGUUGGACACACGUGGAAGUGGGGAUGCAUACGAAGACGAACUUGACAGGCAAGAUAUCGAGGGGGGGAAUCCGUCAUCCGAGAGCUCGUCGAGUCAUCAAUCGGUGACUCAUGCGAGAGGCCAAUCGACAAAAGUGUCUGGGAAUAUUGCUCCCGCCAAACCUAAAAAGUCGAAAGUUUCAGAGAACUGGGACGAUGGACUCAGUGAUGAUGAAGCUUCUGAUAAUUUGGAACAGGCUUCCAAUUUUUCUAGGGGCACGAUCAGCCCAUCCGAGAAAGCCAGUUCCUCGGCACCGGACUCCGAGAGAAGCGACUCACACUCACAAAACGAGGUCCUUGAGGAGCAGCGACUGUUGAAAGUUCUCAAGGGGUUCAAGUUGCUUCAGGCUGAGUUUAACGAGAAGUUCAGGGCCAUGUGGGCGUAAUCUAGUCGCGGAGUCAUUUGUCGAUUUUGGAUGAGAGAAUGAUUUUUGUGACUUGUCAUAGACCAUUUAUUGUCUGGACGGUUCUUGUUGUCAGUUUACUAGCAUGGUUUGGAAUCACUCUGAUAGUUUUAUCGUACUGAAGUUCUUGGAGAAAUUCUUAUUUUGGCGCGCUCCUUCCCCUUACGAUCUGCACCAGCGGUCUAACCUCAUACGGAGUAGUAUAUGCUGCCUUGCUGCCUUAUCAUGAGUAGAGCCAUGGCACGUUGAUGGUCACUCCAUUCCAGUAUUAGCAAUUCGAUGAUUCAUCUUUACCCACAACUUUCAACUCCUCCGUAUAGAUAGCACCGAAAUAGGGUUUCCUUGGACCUCCUGGCUGGCUCGGAAUCUAAAA